CCAGCUGCUGCUCGUUCCCCGAAGGUGUGUGAGUGCUCGUGCGCGCCUGUUCCUCCGGCUCCGUAAGGCGGCGAGGCUGCGCCGCAGGUCCGCUUGAGCUUGUGACCUCAUUCUUGUCAGGGGGCUCGUUUCCCCGGUCCUCCGGUUGUCCUCGCCCGGUUCCCCGAGGGCAGCGUUAUUAUGUAUCAGAGCCCCGCUCGGUCCCUGUGCUCGGCCCUCUCCAACCUCUGCUGCGCGCCUUCCUCCGCCACCUCUUCGACGCUGCUGCUCCGGUCUCCGGCUCCAGUCAAGAAAGCCCUCUCCCCGCCUGCCAUCCUUGCCUCUUCCGCCGCCGCCGCCGCCGCCCCUCACUACGGCUGUUCUGCGGCUGCAAGCGCGGGGGCUGCCAAUUCCCAAGCAGUGUAUUCCAUGGGCAACAGUACCAGCAGGCUAUAUAGUGCUCUUGCAAAGACUCUGAGUACUGGUGCUGUCUCCAAACACCAGGAAUACUUGGAACAAACGGAUCCUGACUUCUUGGAUCCCAUUGAUCCCAAGGAUCUGCUUGAAGAAUGCCAGGUGGUUCUUCAGAAACGUCCUGCCCGGUUCCAGAGGGACUUUGUGAACCUGAGGACCAGCUUUUCCAGAAGCCACCGACCUAUUAGGGUCAUGCAGUGGAACAUCCUUGCACAAGCUCUUGGAGAAGGCAAGGACAACUUUAUUCAGUGCCCGGUGGAAGCCCUGAGGUGGGAAGAAAGGAAAUGCCUCAUUCUAGAAGAGAUCCUGGCAUAUCAGCCAGACAUCUUGUGCCUACAAGAAGUGGACCACUACUUUGACACCUUCCAGCCUCUGCUCAGCCGGCUGGGCUACCAAUGUACUUUCUUCCCUAAACCGUGGUCUCCAUGUUUAGACGUGGAAUGUAACAACGGGCCAGACGGCUGUGCCUUAUUCUUCCUCAAGGACAGAUUCACUCUCGUCAACAGCACCAACAUCAGGUUGACUGCGAUGAAGCUGAAAACCAACCAAGUAGCCAUUGCUCAGAUUCUGAAAUGUAACGAAACAGGCAAACUGUUCUGCACUGCUGUUACUCACCUGAAAGCUCGCAACGGCUGGGAGAGAUUUAGGUCUGCGCAAGGGGCUGAUCUUCUUGAGAACCUGAAGAAGAUCACCCGGGAGGCAGAGGUCCCUCUCAUCGUCUGUGGUGAUUUCAACGCGGAGCCCACCGAAGAGGUGUACAAGGAAUUCUCAAAUUCUAGCCUGAACCUAAACAGCGCUUAUAAGCUGCUGAGUGCUGACGGACUGUCAGAACCUCCCUAUACGACGUGGAAGAUCCGACCCUCUGGAGAGUGCAGGCACACCCUCGAUUACAUCUGGUACUCGCAACAUGCCUUAAACGUGAAUGCUGCUCUCAGUCUCCUGACUGAGGAGCAAAUUGGACCCAACAGGCUACCGUCUUUCACUUACCCCUCAGACCACCUGUCUUUAGUAUGUGAUUUUACAUUUAAUGAAGAUCCCGACAGGCUUUUAUAAAUAGGUGCAAGUAGCUGGAUGUGUGGGUGUGUGGUUGUUUUUUAUAUUUAAAAAGAUGUACUGUGUUUAUUCAGUGGCCUUUUAAAAUGGGCUUCUGAAGACUUUAGGGGAGUGGUUAUUUAUGAACGGAGAACUAAUGGUUUUAUUUUCAACUCUCUUGUCGAAAGACACUUUUGUCAUUAAACACCUUGCUGUGAUAGUAGAAGAAAAAACCAACAAACAUGGCUACUUAAAUUUGAGGCAUGCUUUAUGUUUUUGCUGUCCCCUGGUUUGGAGGACCGAUUCUGUAACAAAUGCAGAUCUUUAUUUGAAGACCUUUGCUAGAGCAAUUGCCCUCAGUGUAGCAUGGUUAUUCUAUAUUUGAACGAAGUGGGCCAAAAGGGUAUCACACACGAUGGGGUGUUUUUUCAGUAUUGCAAUUAAAGAUGUGCUGAAUGACCAAACUUUGGUAGUGUAGGACCAGUUACAUUUUGAACAUGUAAAGGACUAUAGCACUGGUGUUAGCUAAUUAAAAUAUUCCUGAACUUGCA